AUGUCAAACCAGACAACAUGCUGCUGGAUGCCCAGGGACACCUGAAGCUGGCUGACUUUGGCACCUGUAUGAGGAUGGACAAGGAUGGCAUGGUGAGAUCAGACACAGCUGUGGGUACACCAGAUUACAUCUCCCCCGAGGUGCUGAAGUCCCAGGGCGGAGACGGUUACUAUGGCAGGGAGUGUGACUGGUGGUCUGUGGGUGUCUUCCUGUACGAAAUGUUGGUUGGUGACACCCCUUUCUAUGCUGACUCCCUGGUUGGCACGUAUGGUAAAAUCAUGGACCAUAAGAACUCCCUCAGUUUUCCAGAAGACAUUGAAAUCUCCAGAGAUGCCAAAAGUUUGAUCAGAGCUUUCCUAACAGACAGGAGUGAGCGUUUAGGCCAGCGAGGGGUGGAGGAGAUCAAAGGUCACCCAUUUUUUACACGGAAUGACCAGUGGACGUGGGACUCCAUUAGGAAAACUGUCCCCCCAGUGGUUCCUGAGUUGUCCUGUGAUGUAGACACCAGUAAUUUUGAUGACAUAGAGCCAGAUGAGACGGCUCAGGAGACCUUCCCAGUUCCCAAGGCGUUUGCCGGGAACCACCUGCCUUUUAUAGGAUUCACAUAUAACAGAGCUUAUCACCUACUCUCUGAAGCAAAAGCCUCACUAGAUCAGGUUGAUACAGCUGCAGUUCCCUCACAGAUGUCCAAUGAUGUUGCCAAGAAGUUGAGACAGUUAGAAGACCAGUACAGGGCAGAGAGAUCCAGUAAAGAUGAACUGGAGAGAAAAUACAGGGCUGCCAUACAAGAUUUAGACAGAUUAACAUCAGAUGAAACCGCAUUAAGAAGACAGUGCAAUGAUUUUGAAAGGAACAUGGCAUUAAUAAAGCAUGAUUUAAAGGAGACACAAAGAAAGUUAGAAAUAGAAUCAGACAACCGUAGAAAGACGGAAUCCAAACUAGUCGAGACUGAGAGGCAGCUUCAGGCGGAGACGGGGGCGAGGAGGCAAGCCAUGGGGAACAGUCAGCACGUCAACGAACGGGUUACACAGUUAGAGAGACAGUUAACUGAAUUGAAUGAAAAGCUCAAAACUGAACAAGAAACUUCAUCAAAACUGAGGAAAACUUGUACUGAUAUGCAACAAAAAUGCAAUAGUUUAGAAUCUGGGUACAAUGACUUGCAGAGCAAGUAUAAUGAAAUCCAGUCAGUGAAAUCUUCCCUGGAGAAGGAGAUCUUCCACCUUCAGUCUAUCAUAGAGCAAGAGAGGAGCGCCAGGACACAGGCCUCUGAACAGAGCAGCGAAGUAGAGUCUCGCAAUCGCAACCUCCAUUCAGAAGUCCAAAGAUUCAAAGAAAAAGAAGCUCAGAUGUUAAAAGAUAAACAGAAACUUUCCCAGGAUGUCAUAAAUCUAGAAAAGAGCCGAGCCAAUGUAGAGUUGGAACUAAAGACGUACAGGAUGAAGUAUGACCAGGAGGUGCUGGCCCACAAAGAAACUAUUGCCAAGUUUAACGCAGACAAGAAGCACAUCCUGACUUCCACGGAGGAGGCAAGCAACGAAGCAAUCAAGGAAAUUCAGUUAAGUUUAGAGCAGGAGAAGUCUGCUAGACUAAAGGCUGAAGCUAAGUUAUUAGACACAGAAAAGAGGAAAAGUGAGUUAACAUAUGAUAUGGGUCAAGUCAGGCAACAUUUGGAGACACUACAAAGAGAGCUCCGGACUGAGGUAGACAAGGCCAAGACCCUAGCGUUACAAGUAGAGCAGGAGACGCAGAAGAGAAUUCUGGUGUCCAAUGAUAUCAAGCAACAGCAGCAGUUAGUGGCUCAGUUAAGGCAAAAUGAGAAGCAGUAUGAAAAGGAAAUCACUGGACUGAAGCAAGACAAACGCUCUAUGGAAGAGGAAAUGAGAAAAGUGAAGGAUGAGGCUCAUGUGAAUGAUCUUCAAAUGAAGGAGAUUCAAGACCAGCUAGAAGCUGAACAGUAUUUUUCUACUUUAUAUAAAACUCAAGUUAGAGAAUUAAAAGAAGAGAUUGAAGAGAAGAUCCGACAGUAUCAGGAUCUGGAAACACAAAUACAGCUCCUGGAUAAGGAAAGGGCGGCCCUGGAUGCUCAGCUAGAAUUGGCCAUGGCAAAGGCAAACUCUGAAGAAAUUGCGAGGAAGUUGGCGGAAGAUCAGCUGUCAGAUGUGGAGAAGCAGAAGACGAUGCUGGAGCUAGAGAUCAAGGAACUUAUGACGAGGCAUAAAGCAGACAUGAGUAAAAAAGAGAGCACCAUUGGAGUAUUGGAAGAGUCCAAGAAUCAGAAUAGUAGAAAUAUAGACAUUCUCAGUAAAGAGAAAGAUGAACUCAAUAAACAGAUAAAGAAAUUAAUGGAAGAUGUCCAAAAUAUGCAAUCUGACACCAGUAGUACUGACACUGAACUGGCUCAGUUGAAAAAACAAUAUGAAGAGGAGAAAAUAAAAAAGAUACAGGCUGUCAACAAAUUAGCGGAAAUAAUGAAUAGGAAAGAGUUUGCCGGGGGAGGGAAGAAAGACAAGAAGGUUAGCGCCACAGAUCUCAGGAAAAAGGAAAAAGAAUGUAGGAAGUUACAGCAAGAUUUAAAUAAGGAGAAAGAAAAAUUCAAUGAAAUGGUGGCCAAGUUUCAAAAAGACAUAACGGAGCUGCAGGCAGCCUUGUACGAGGAGGGUCAGCAGAGACAGAGGCUACAGAUGGAGCUGGAUGCCAAAGACAGCGAGAUUGAGCAGCUCCAGAGAAACCUCACUCUCAUGAACAGCGACACUGCCUCAGUCAGCAGCGGGAACGAACUUGAUAUGGAGGAUGGGUUUCCAGAGAGCCGCCUGGAAGGCUGGUUGUAUCUCCCCAACAGACAGAACAUCAAGAGAUACGGCUGGAAGAAACAGUAUGUGGUGGUCAGUACCAAGAAGAUCUUGUUCUACAACUCAGAGAAUGACAAGAUGAACGCUGACCCUGAACUGGUGUUAGACAUAGACAAACUUUUCCAUGUUCGUCCUGUUACACAAGGAGACGUCAUAAGGGCAGACCCCAAAGAAAUUCCAAAAAUUUUCCAGAUUUUAUAUGCCUCUGAGGGUGAAAACAAGAAGCCGUUGGAGGGUCUCCAUGAAAUGCCCAAGCCAGAUGAUAAGAGCGGUGUUAUCCAUUAUAAAGGCCAUGAUUUCAUAGUGCUCCACUACAGAACACCAACCACCUGUGAUUCCUGUCAGAAACCCACCUGGCAUAUGAUACACCCGCCACCUGCCAUGGAGUGUAAACGAUGCAGGUGUAAAGUCCACAAAGAUCACUUUGACAAAGGGGAGGAAUUCAUUGGACCAUGUAAAGUAAAUGACGGUAUGCAGAGUGCCAAGGACCUCUUGCUAUUGGCAGCCACACAGGAUGAACAGAAACUGUGGGUUCAGAGAAUAAAAAAGAAGAUUGAUAAGAAGGGGAUAGGGCACCAUCCUGGACAGAGCUCCCAGCCAAGAAACGCCAAGCAAUAUUCUUCCUUCAGCUCAAAUGCAAAACUAGUGCAAAGUCCUGGAAGCCAUGGAGGCACCCCGGUCCAGAGGGCAGCUACGUUACCUCCAAACACUCUACGACCCAAAUAGUCCUCCUUACCAGGUCUGGCACAGGAACAGAAAUUUAUCAGGAGAAAACUUGAGGUCAAUCGGUACUCAUUAAAGAAUUCUCUAUCAGUGACCUUCCAUACAUUGACCUUGACCUUAUACAAUGUUGACCUUGACCUGUGAAGGCACCCAGGUCAGUUGAUUUGAGUUCUGUAGGGAGAAAGCAGUCAUGAACCUUCACGUGAAGCAUAAAUCCCUCAUUCAAAGGAGAUGGCAUCAUUUAACACAGAAUGCUGAAAGACAAGACCUAGAAUUUUCUACCUAUUAAUGGAGUAGUAGAGACACAGAUGUUGACCAUUACAGACAUUUUUUUUCUGUUCUCUGUUAUAUUAAGUUCAUUAUGAUGUGGUGUUCAAAUUCCAUCAGGAUGAACUAAAAGGUGAGGAUAAUCAACCCAGUUACCAUGCAAAAUUUUAAAAUGCUGCAAUGUUGUCAACCAGUAAAGUCUGUGCAAGUUGCUUAGUUUCCAAUCUUUUUGCAGCCUCUGUGUGCAAAUACUACCCUUAACAAAGUCAGCCACGUGUUGGUUUGUGGUAAUUUUGUUAAAUGUUAUCCACUGAAAUGUGAAAUGAUAUGAGUUUUGGUUAUCUGUAUUUCCUUUGUGUAUACAGCAGUUCAGUACUGUUAAUUUAUAUCUUCAUCUUUGUUGACCUUGACCUUGUAAUACUCAGUGCAGAUGGAGAACCAACGCAGUGCGUUCUUGUUUCUUGUAUCACCACUGCAAACUUAAGUACUCAUUGAGAAUUAGAAAGAAACUGAAAGAUAUAUGCAAGUGGUAAGCUGCUCCUUUAUUUUGGGUCGUGAAAAUCAAUCAGAAGUACCAAGCAGAGCAGGUGCCUUCCCAUGAUCCUCCAGUAUUUCCGUGAUGUCUGUAUGUUGCCCUUUAUCCAUGUCUUCCUCUCAGUAAGAGAUGUCCUUAAUGCUUUAACCUUCUUUUCAAGAAACAAUUAAAUUUAGUACAACAUGUUGUUAUGUAGUCUCUGUAUAAGUGCCUGUUUUAUUGCUCCCUUUUGACAAGCCAUGUGGCUAGUGUGUGAUGCCUGGAUCAGGGUCUCUUUUCGUAAUUCUAAUUCUGUAUCAGAGUUGUACUUUUGACACAUCACGGGACAGAAAUGGGAGCCAUAGACCCAAGCACGCUUAUUUUGGUAAUGAGAAAAUAAUAUGCAUGUAUACAUUAGUAGCAACUAUUUUGUGAUACUACUGAAUCAUAAAGGGAACUUUUGCUGGCAUACUCCAAUAAGGUCAUAAUUGAUUUGAGUUGGUAAGUGGGUCAAAAAGUGCUUCAGUUUUAAACCCCAUCUUCUGAGAAGUUCUUUGUUUAUUACCCAAUAAAUGGAAGAAAAAAUGUUUUACAUUGUAGCUUUCAUGGUUAGCACAGAUCAUGUACAUUUCUUGUAUUUAAAGCAACCUGGUGACUGGGAUUAAUUUGUUGAAAGUGGUGCUUUCGGUGUGCCAGUUAACAUAAGCAAACAAAGUAAGGUAUAUAUGUAUGAUAAUUAGGUCAGCAUGGCCUAUUUAUGGAGAUGUACAUUUCAUAUAACUUACACACAGCUUAGCUUGGCUGAAAGAUUGUAGCUUUUGUAUAUUAUAUUCAUCUCCUAGCACUUGGAAAGUUGUAAUUACAUUCCCUGAAUUUCUACAGAACGUGUACUGUAAGUAUGUAUGUAUGUAUUCUGUAAUAUGGUGACUUAGCAAGUCUUCUGUGCUGCAAUGUCAUUCAGGAUAGGUGAUAGUUAAGUAUUGUUUAUCGUUAAUUAUUGAGAUGGUGAGAGCACCAUCAUUCUCGUCAGGGUGAUCACUACAUGCAGCAGAGCACUAGAAAUAAUAAGCAGCUCUACUUUAUAGUACAAAAAUACCAGAUAUCUGAGAAGUAUCUUUGUUAGCGGGUUAUAAUCGUGUAAUAAAAUUACCAUCCCACACUGAA